GCGGGGCCGGGGCCGGGGUCCCGCUGGAACGGCCGAAGCCGAUUGUGGGGCCCCGAGCCCGAGACUCAGGAACCUCGCCGAGCCUCCCGAGCGCGCCUGCCAGCUAUGAGCCCCCCGACGCCGCCGCCGGGCACCCGGCCCGGCCCUGGGCGGCCCCUGGUCCUGCUGCUGCUGGUGCUGCUGCUGGCGCCGGCGUCAGGGUCGGCCCAGGUGCCCCCUCCGCAGCCCCCGGCCCCGAGGAGACCCCCGGUGGUGAUCGUACCUGGUGACUUGGGAAACCAGCUGGAAGCUAAGCUAGACAAACCCACAGUAGUCCAUUACCUUUGCUCCAAGAAGACGGACAGCUAUUUUACCCUCUGGUUGAAUUUAGAGCUGCUCCUUCCUCUCAUCAUCGACUGUUGGAUUGAUAACAUCAGGUUGAUAUAUAAUAGAACCACUAAGACCACCCAUUCCCCAGAUGGCGUAGAUGUGAAGGUUCCUGGCUUUGGAGACACCUUUUCUGUGGAAUACCUCGAUCCUAACAAAGCUUCUGUUGGAGCGUAUUUCUUCACUCUGGUGGAGAGCCUUGUGGGCUGGGGUUACCGCCGAGGAGAAGAUGUCCGAGGAGCUCCCUAUGACUGGCGAAAAGCCCCAAAUGAAAAUAGAGACUAUUUCCGUGACCUCCGCAAGAUGAUUGAGGGCAUGUAUGAGCAGUACGGAGGCCCCAUCGUCCUCGUCGCCCAUAGCAUGGGCAACAUGUAUAUGCUUUACUUCCUCAACCAGCAGUCUCAGGACUGGAAAGACAAGUAUAUCCAUUCCUUGGUGGCGCUGGGUGCUCCCUGGGGAGGAGUGGCCAAGACUCUUCGAGUCCUAGCUUCGGGAGACAACAACAGAAUUCCUGUCAUCAGCCCUCUGAAAAUCAGGGAGCAGCAGAGAUCUGCUGUGUCGACCAGCUGGCUGCUCCCCUACAAUUAUACUUGGUCCUCAGAGAAGGUCUUUGUGAGAACCCCCAAAGCCAACUACACCCUGCGGGACUACGAGAAGUUCUAUAAGGACAUCGGCUUUGAGGACGGCUGGUUCAUAAGACAAGACACAGAGCCCUUGGUCUAUCUGAUGACACCUCCCGGAGUGCGGCUUCAUUGCCUCUAUGGGACUGGCGUCCAGACCCCAGAUUCUUUCUAUUAUGAAAGCUUUCCUGACCGAGACCCCAAGAUCUUCUAUGGCGAUGGGGACGGCACAGUGAACUUAGAGAGCUCCCUGCAGUGCCAGAAGUGGGUGAGCCAGCAGAAGCAGGAGGUGACCCUGCUGGAGCUUAAGGGAAAUGAACACAUUCAGAUGCUCUCAGAUAGCACAGCUCUUGCCUACUUGAAAAACGUUCUCUUUGGUUUGUGAUGCUGCGUCCCAACAGCCUCCACACUCCAUCACCCUGGAUGCCUUCCCUUCCAACCCAAUGAGGGGGGAAAAUGCUGCUUCACUAUCUUGAAGGUGUUUGUUUUCAAUUUAAUUUUUACUUUUCAAAUCAAAAUUUGGAACUGGGCCUCCCCCUGCAGGCCAUGAUUUAUUUUACCAUUUUGAUGUGAACGAGGUCUCAGCUCUGUAUCAGUGAUUGGAUAUAUUCUCUUUCCUGGCCUUGCCGUCCCAUUCGGCCGGCUUUUGGGCCAAAUGCCCACAGAGAGCUUGUUGAUUUCUCUAAAGGGAACAAGUCUGAUUAUACUGGUGAGCUGUUUGUCGAGUGGAGCUGAAGAGAUUGGUCUUGGAGAUCACUAGAAAGGUUUCACACACAUCUUUUCUGACUUGCCUUUUGGGUUCUAGUUUCAUUUUGAAUUCUCAGAAAUCGAAAGAAGACCUUGUGUUGGGCAGAGCCUGAGUUUGACACAGUCUAGCUGUUGACUCAGCUGACCCUAAUUCAAGAGAAGAGAGAGAUCCAGUCCCACACUCCCAGAAUGUUUGCAGAUCAUCCUUGUGUUACUGGUGCUGCCACAACUCCAGGCCUCUCUAUCGAGAGGGAGAGGGAAGGAGGGAGGGAGGGAUACCCAUCCUGCCAAAACUAGUCUCCAGCUCUUGGCCAGGAGUCCUUAAGACACGGGACGCCCUAGACUCUUACCCAUUCAAGGCUGGCUUCUUUACUUUAGUUACAAUAAUGCUGACUCCUUCAGAGCCUCCCUUCCUUUCCUGCCCCCUCUUGCCACACUUUUGGAUUGGAUAAAGCAGCCAUCUGGUCUGUUCUUCCAGUCCUGUGUGCACGUGGCUUCCGUCUUUGCUUUUGGCCCAGCCUUCACAGAUGCCCUGUGCCCUCUAGUCUGCCCUUUCCUCGAGGGGUAAGUGGAAGGUCUGUUUGCUGCUGUGGCAUUUUAUGCACCCUAGACUUUGGUGUGGGAUUUUUUUUAAUCCCCCUUUCCUUCUGUUUUUAAAGGCUGUAUUAACUGUGUGUUACUGCCAGACUAUUUUCUCAGCACAAUGGAAGAGAGGUCCGUAGCCCUCCUUCAACUUCACACAGUGUAGUUUUUAACAACUUCUCUGGGAAGCAUCCCGUCCCCUGGUGCUAUUGUUUUAUAGAUUGGGGAUCAAGGGAAAGAGUUUUAUGUUCAUACCAAAGCAGUUAAAUAUCCAUGUACAUUUCUCUGAGUCUUUCUGGGCAGGGCAUAGUCAGAUCCCUGCUUUAUUCCCUCUGCUCUUUACUAUAUAAGGGGUCCUUCCAACAUGGCUGGAAAGAGAGGAUUCCAGUUGCUAGGUGAGCUUUCCGGGCCUUGCAUUUCUGGGCUGUGGUGGCAUUUGUACCGGAGCCUCCUCCUCUUCUUCCUCACUGCAUGGGUCUUAUGCAGACUGUAUGGAUUUCAGCCUCACCGUCAGGUUUCUGACUCUUGAGCCAAGUAACCAAACUGCUUGCAUUGCCCAUGGGCACUGGUGACUCUCCCCCAUCGCCCACGCCCGUAGGACCCUGCUCUGUCUGUGUACUUUAAUCGUUUGGCCUGUGUGGUGAGAACUCCCGUUGGGAUCUCAGUCUCCGGGCUGUCCCUGGACCCCAGGCAUAGGAUCAAGGCAGAAACCGAUGCUUGUCAUCCGGUUUGGUCAAGGGUUCAAGGGCCAGCUGGGCCCAGAAAGCACCCUUCCUUAGUGAUCUAGGACUCAUGUUUACUUCCUAAAAAGGGAAUUCCCAGUUCAGCUUACAAACAGCAUCAGGUUUUUCCACAGUAAUUAAUUUCCAUUAAUUUCCUUUAAGCUGGAUCUUUUGAAAGAGAGGGCGGGGGCAGUGGUGGUUUUAUGAUGAACAACCUGUCAUGUGCUUUAUGUGCACAUUUGUAAACAUAAUUUUCAGUCCCCAGAUUGAUAUAAUGUGAUUAGCCCAGGAGGGAGCUGACAGAUGAAGGCAGGGUCAAGGCUUCUGCUUAUAGCCCUGUUUGUGCUCCCUUGGAAGGAAUCAAGGGCUUCAAGGAGAUAAGAGCUAGGAAUUUAAAGCUUCUAGCUUCUGAAAAAUGCAUGGUGGCUCAGCCCCUUCCCUGGUGUGCAUCUCCUAUAACUUGCUCUUCAGCCUAACCUUUGGCCUCCUUCAGAUUGCCAGCAUUUCCAACCUAGAGCCUGUUCCAAGUAUUUGGAUUGACUUGUCAGGAGCAGAUGAUUUCAGACCCUCCUAACCUGGUGUGACCUCUAGGUGCUGCCUGACUCCAUGGGUCAUUAAGAACCUAAAGACCCAUGGUUUGGUUGGUAACUCACAAGGGCCAUCACCAAGAGCCUGAGUGCUUCCUGGGCAGCAGGAGAAUGGAUGGCGUGCCACCCUUUGUAAUCCCCGUGUGGGCAGUGCAGGGGAUUUUUCAGAUCUCUGCUCAUUUGGACAAGUCAGUUGUUUUUCUACAAGCUACGAUCUAGAAUCACAGUGCACAUCAUGUUUUUGAAGUAAAUGUUGCAACAUUUUCAAAAAGAGGACAUGAAAUCAUGACCACUGGGCUAGAGUUGAAGUAAAAAGAAGCUGCCCGCUCCAUCACAAACAGAUUAGGUUUAUGUUUCUGUUGGUUGAGUUCCCCACCCCUCAAGGAAAGAAAAUGCAACUUUCUUAAAAACAAAAACAAAGUAAAAAACCCCAACCCUACAAAAGACAGUUUUUGAGGACCAAAUGUAUUCUCUGACAAUAAGAUUAAAGAAGAAAUGUCCAACUCUCAUCCUGAGAAGACUAAUAAUACAACUGCUGGGAAGAGACCCUGUAGGAAACAGUGCCUGCCAUUGGCUGUGACCUCAGAUACUGCAGUCAGUGAUGGCCCCCGGAUGGAGUGGGGCCAGGGCUUACAAGGACCCAGAGGAUGCCCUGGAGUAAAGCCAGGGUCUGCUCCAAAAAAAAUCAGGGAAUGUUUUGCCAGGACUUUGCUGCUCUAUAUUUUAACAGUAUUUUAUAUGGAAUCUAUUGGAUUUUAUUGUAUAUCAUAUGCUAUAUGUGUGUGAGUGUGUGUGUGCGCACGCGCUAAUGUGCAUACAUCUUUUGGUCGGAGUGAUGUCACUGGGAAAUUUUGCACAUGUGUACUUCGAGACACUUAAUGUAUAAUAAUAAAAGGAAAUCUGAAAAUGCA